UGGUGAAUUAAGGGGUUUGUCGUUUUGGUAACCUUAGCAGCACGGAGGGGCGGGCUGAAUGAUAUCCGGAAUAACAUUAUUAAGAGAGUAGCUGGUUUGACUUCAAAGUGUACUGAUAUAAUACCAAUAUAAUGGCGAGUGGCGCUGAAUUUCUUAUGGUUUAAUCCGUCAGCGGUUCCGGUAUGGCUGAAGGACAGAGCGGACAACAAACAACACACGCUGAGAUUUGAUUAGACCUCGUGAUUUGUUUUCCCUCAUCAGCAGCCAACCCAACAAACCAACUAACGAGAUCAUCAAGUUAAACACGAUAACAACAAAGACAACUCAUUUUGUCUUCAUAAUAAAAGCGCUAGUGUUUCGAUCUACUACCACAACACAUGUACACGAAAGAGAAGUUUUUAUUUUGAAAAGUUGGUACCGGAAAUUCGAGUUUGUGUAGGCGGGAACUUGAUCUAUGUUCGUGCCAGAGCAGGUCACCUGGUUGCUUAGUUUACUGCCUGAGUUAGCUAAGUGUUGGAGGCUUGCUAGCCCAUGGGAAAGUGUUUUUCUCCAAGCUUUCGGUUUAAACUGACUCCUCUCCGGUUAUCUAACUACGAAACGGCUCAUGUUAGCUUGGUGGCGGCGGGCUGCGUUCAUUCAGUUAGCUAGCGAGGAGCGGAUCCAGCUGACAGCUUGGAGCAUCCUGCUAGCCUACCGGCUAAAUUAACAAGAUACACCGGAAAUAAGUAAGGUGAAGAUCAGAGUCUUCAGCCAUGGCUGGUGGAAUUACAGAAACCGGGGAACCGUACUCUGCGUUUGUGGGGCUGGUGUAUAUGUUCAACCUGAUCGUGGGAACAGGAGCUCUGACGAUGCCCAGAGCCUUCGCGACAGCCGGUUGGGUGGUCAGCUUAGCUCUCAUCUCGUUUUUAGGAUUCAUGAGCUACAUGACCACCACCUUUGUGAUCGAGGCGAUGGCGGCGGCCAACGCUCAGCUGAGCUGGAAGAGGAGAGAGCAGGAGGAGAUCGAUGACAGCGACUCCACCUCCGACUACUCGGACGAUGACGUCGUGGGCCGAGGUCGAUCGGAGCCGGAGACCAAGCCCAUCCUGUCUGUUCAGAGGUCGGGAGGUCACGUCGAUCACUUCGACAUUGUGGAGCGGGUUGAGAUGGGUCAGAUGGCCUCCAUGUUCUUCAACAAAGUCGGUGUCAACAUGUUCUACAUCUGCAUCAUCAUCUACCUGUACGGCGACCUGGCCAUCUACGCAGCCGCUGUUCCCAUAUCUCUAAUGGAAGUUGCCUGUGGAAACCACUCCUGCAGCGACGGAAGCGUCACGUACAACGACACAGACCCGUGCUGGGGUCCUGUCACCAGGAAGGACGCCUACCGGGUGUUUCUGAGCAUUUUUACUCUUCUGUUGGGUCCUUUCACCUUCUUCAGCGCUCAGAAGACCAAAUAUCUGCAGAUUCUCACCUCACUCAUGCGUUGGAUUGCGUUCACCAUGAUGAUCAUCUUGGCUCUUAUCCGCAUCGGUAAAGGCACCGGCGAGGGAAACCCACCGGUCGCCUCCUUCUCUGGGGUGCCCAACCUGUUCGGGGUGUGCGUGUACUCCUUCAUGUGUCAGCACUCCCUGCCCUCGCUGGUGACGCCCAUCUCCAACAAGAAGCGUGUCGGCACGCUGGUGUUGGCAGACUAUGUCCUGAUCCUGGGUUUCUACGUCCUCCUCUCCUUCACCGCCAUCUUCUGCUUCAAAAGCUCACUGCUGCACGACAUGUACACCCUGAACUUCACGGACAACUGCAGCGUGUUAGAUAUUCCCUUCCUGCGCUACUUCCUGGGCCUCUUCCCAGUCUUCACCAUCAGCACCAACUUCCCCAUCAUCGCCGUCACGCUUCGCAACAACUGGAAGACCCUGUUCCACCGGGACGGAGGCACCUACCCGUGGGUGGUGGACCGUGUCGUGUUUCCCCUCAUCACCCUGGUGCCCCCGAUCGUAGUGGCCUUCUGCACCCACAACUUGGAGUCCCUGGUGGGCAUUACAGGAGCCUACGCCGGCACAGGGAUCCAGUACAUUGUUCCAGCCUGUCUUGUGUAUUUUGCUCGACGCCACCUGGAGCCUGUGAUGGGCAGAGAUGCCAUCAACAAGCACCAGUCGCCCUUCCGCCACGCCUUUUGGGUGUGGUUUGUUUUGUUGUGGGCUGCCUCCUGCCUCAUGUUUGUCACAGCCAACAUCAUCCUGACUGACAUCAAGAAAUGAGAACUCACUCUGGCUCAAAUCACCAAGAACUUAAAGAAUUCUCUGUUUGGCCAGUUUCUUUGUUCCCGUGCACGAGGCCUUACUUGCUGCUGGUUGGACAGUGUGCCUUUUUAUGGGACUUUCGUUGCGUAUAUUAAAUGUAAUUAAGAGUAAUUUAUCAAAUUUGUUAAAAGGGACCAAAUGUCAAGAGAUUUUUUUUUUCAGCAAAAAAGCUGAAACAGUGCAUGACAACAGGAAAGGAUCAUUUAUUAAAUGGAUGUUUUGUCAAAAAACACCUUUUAGUCUGGGGUUUUCACAAGGAUUUGCACUUACACAACUUUUUAAAAUACAUUUUAAAGGGUUAAGUAUGCUUCAGACAAAAGAGUGUCGUUUCAAAGUUUCAAACUCGACUCCCAGUUCCAACAUUGCAAAGCUGAUGGACAAUCCGACUCGGACUGGCUAAUAACCCAGAAAUGUCCCAGUACCAAACAGUAUCCAAACUUCUCCAGUCAAACUAUUGUUUUUGAUAGGGUUGGCAGUUCAGUGAACCAAGAUAUCAAAUGAAGUGCUCUGUUUUGGUAUCGAUGUCACUUUGCUGGUGUUGGUAUCACAAAACGUUUAAAUGGUUCCCAGCCCUAAAUCCAACAAACGCUGAAGCAAGCUGACUCCUUAAGAGUUCUGUGGGUUGUCCAUCCUCAUUGUUCUCUGUUUUCUUAUGCCUCAUUCAAAUCCCAUGGAAAAGGGAAAAGGUGGGAUGCUAGGAUCCUGAGGGAUCCGCUGCACCUAAUAAAAACACUUUAAAGCACUUGAAAUGGCAGAGUCGCGACAAGAAAGAGAGCCUGUCACAUCCAGACUUGAGCUCUGUUGCUAAAGUGCUUGGCAUCUACGCAGCUCCAUAAUUACAUUGGAACAGAAACCAACAGGAACGAAUCAGGGAUGAUCAGUCUUUCAUGGCUGACGUGUAUCCAUUCCUCAGCGGCGGCUGCCUCCGAUCUCCUCGUCCUCUUGUGAACAAUGAAGCUCGGUCCGUGACAGACGCGCUGACAGAUAGGCCUCCAGGACGAACCCCAUCGCUGUUCAUCACCAGGCUCUCGCGCCUGCAGUUCACACACAGGGCACGUCUCCCGCCUUUUACUGCUCGGCACACAGUCAUGACUCUGUCAGCCUCAUACUGUAUCUAUCACACAGCUCGACACCUGACAGGAUAAUAGUGAUCUGCGGUGGUUCGGCUGCAGCUACGGAGGAGGCAUCAGUGGCCGAAAGUGAAGAUUAGCGAGCCGACUGUGGCUACGGAGCGCCACCCGCUCGUCACCGUCCUGUAGCUUAGCGCUGCUGAUUUCACAGCUUCAUCUCUCAGUUGUGCCUGUGUAGAUGGAUUCACACCUUAAUCUUCUGCCUCAUCUUGUCUUAUUUUCAUCAGUCAUUAUUAUCAGUGAAAGGCCUUUUAAGGGGUUGUGUCACUAGCACAACAAAUAUGGAGGGUAGAUGGAAAUGAUUCAGCAGCGGUGAGUUGAGAUGUGGACUGGUUUGAGUCUUGGGGACUAAAUCUUAAGUAGAACGUAGUUCCUCUGAAAACUACUGAUCGUGUGGUGUGUGGAUUAACCUAUGAUGGUGUGUUAGGGCUUGUAAGUUUAAAAGAAAAAGAACAAAUUCAGAGCCUAGGGAGGGAGUAAUAAUCCGAGAAACACUCGGAUUUACAUGAAUUUACAAGAUUAAAAACUCAUAUUUUCUGAAAUUAGAAAGACAAAAGAAAUAAUGUGGGAAAACUUGAGUAUAUUCAUUUUUUGUUGUAAAUUUAAGACUUUAAUCUCAGAAAGCGCUUGUUAAUUGGAAUAUCACCCUUCCUGGCUCCAUAACAAGCAGCUUCAUGUUCAGCUUCAUUGUGUUUGGGCAGAAACCUCCAACAACCUCCUCAUGAUUUAAUGUUGCUUUUAGCGUUGCUCCACCAAACUUUGGGAUGCUGAAGGUGACUGGAGCUGAUUGGUUCGUACUGUGGCCACAGCGAACUGUCAUUUCUGAUUGGCAGAUUAACUAAAACAUUUACAGUUUAGCCAAAUCUUGAGGCUAAUAUCUGUUUUGCUCUUAUUGUUAUGUAGAAAACAGUGAAAAAGGUGAGCUCAGUGUAUAUUAAACAUUUGGUAACCAUAGCAACGACACUUCUGCGUUGUAUUGAUUGACCAGGAAACUCGUACUGGUCAAUCAAACCUUAUGAGACUUAAAGUGGCUAAAAACCCACUUUGUGUAUUUAAAGCAGUUGCUGUCCUUUGUAUAAGUGCAAUCCCACAGUCAUGUGAGCGGACAUAGAAAACAACUGAUUCACUUCUAUUUGUCCACUGUUUGGUACUGAAAAAUAUCUUUUCCUCGUCUUAAAAGCUGCUUUAUUGUGAAGCAGCAUUUACAGCACAAAUAUGUUUGGUUUUCUUUCUGUGUGUAUCCUCAUAAUGAAAAUAUUCUUAGAUCAAGAUUUUCUCACCGACAGCACUUUGACUUUUCAGACGAGCAGCAGGAGGGUACGUGAGAGGUUUGGUGUUCUGCUCCAUCGUUUCCUCGGGUCAACAUUGAUCAACAUUUCUGUUGUUCCCCAGCUCACUUUAGAAAACAUUUUUUCCUCUUUCCAUGAAUGAGAGCUUCAGGGUGCACUCAGUGUGGGAAAACGGACGCUGAGGUCACACAUUUGUCUUUAAAUGCCACUGCUGUUGUGGUCAGUUAAAAUGCACAAACAGUAUCGGGUGUACAGUAGUUCAGCAGGUUGUGGGGGGCUGACGGGCUGCUGUAACACAGUUUCAAUUGAAACGUAAUGUGCUGUGACCUGAGUGUUUUUAAGCCACUCCGACGGUGAGACUGUAGCACUGCUGUAGCUCCGCUGAAGGCUGCAGACGAUCUGUCGAACAUCCCAGUGUUCAGCUGCAGCUGGACUCGCAGGGAGACACACAAAACAUCUGUAUGAUUAUAUGUCAUUUACAUGUUUACAUUCCCACUGGUGCGCCGCGGGUCUUGAAGGUGAACAUUUGAAUGAGGACUACAAACACUCUAAGGGAUGGGAGGGAUAUUUAUAAUUCAGUGUGGAGACAAAGCCGUGUCUGUGGGAGUGAAUGAUUAACUGUUGAAUAUGUUUAAUAUUAUUUGGUUCUGAUUCCUUGUUUGAAGUUGUGAAAUGUGCCUUUUUUGUGGGGUUUUCUUACCCUAAAUUCACCAACUGUUUUUCAGCAUCUUGUGAAAAGCAGCUCUCCAAACAUCUGCAUGUAAGCCAUUUCAUUUAACUGACAAUCAGUGUGUCACCCAGAAUGCUUUGAGGUCUCUUUUUUCUUGUCUUUUUUGGGUUUUGUUCUUUUUGCGUUUACAUGGGUUACCCCUGAGUCUGUUUUAUUCUCUCAUCUUUCUGCCAUGUUUCUGGUGUUUGUUUACAGUCAUUUUACCAGCUUGUAAUUCACUCAUUUUUACAGAUAUUUACUGCUUUAAUGGAUGUUCUGUUGGAUUUUUAUGACACAAGUCAUAUGUCACAAAGGAAAUAAAAGCUUUAUGUUCAUCGGAACCUCA